AUGUCGAAGCGCGACACGGUCCGGAUGGUGGAAGACGACACAGUACCGCAGGACUACCUCCCAUCCUACGAGACGGCAAUAAACGAGGGACUGCAACAACACAGAGACAGCGUCAGAAGCGAUGGUAGAGUCGACGUGAACCUCGACUCGCGGCUCGCGACGACGCUCGCCCGCUUCAUCCCCGACUUCAAAGACACGGCCGAGCUCGCACAGGCCGCGGCGGCCCAGGGCCCUCCCCCCGAAUACUUCGAGGCGGCCGAACGCUUCGCCGAGAAGAAGACGUUCCCCGUCAGGCUCAACAUCGUCAUCCAGGUCGUCGGCAGCCGCGGCGACGUGCAGCCCUUCAUCGCCCUCGGCAACGAGCUGCAGACGUACGGCCACCGCGUGCGGCUGGCCACGCACGACGUCUUUGACGACUUCGUGCGCAAGUCCAACCUCGAGUUCUACCCCAUCGGCGGCGACCCCUCGGAGCUGAUGGCCUACAUGGUCAAGAACCCGGGGCUCAUCCCGAGCCUCAAGAGCCUCAAGGGCGGCGACAUCCAGAAGAAGCGCAAGAUGGUCAAGGAGAUGCUCGAGGGGUGCUGGAGGUCGUGCGUCGAGCCCGACCCGCGGACGGGCGCGCCCUUUGUCGCCGACGCCAUCAUCGCGAACCCGCCGAGCUUCGCCCACGUCCACUGCGCCCAGGCCCUGGGCGUGCCGCUGCACCUCAUGUUCACGAUGCCCUGGAGCAGCACGAGGGCGUUCCCGCACCCGCUGGCGAACCUGCAGUUCGGGGACAAGGGGGUCGUCGACCAGAUGACGGCCAACUUUGUAUCGUACAGCAUCGUCGAGUGGCUGACAUGGCAAGGUCUGGGAGAUGUCAUCAACGACUGGCGCAAGACGAUCGACCUCGAGGAAGUGCCGUUUUCCGAGGGCCCGGUGCUCGCAGAAUCACAGAAAAUUCCCUUCACCUACUGCUGGUCCCCGGCGCUGGUGCCCAAGCCGAUCGACUGGCCCGCAUAUAUCGACGUGUGCGGCUUCUUCUUCCGGGAACCGCCCCAAUACACGCCGCCUGCGGAGCUGGCCAACUUCCUCAAGAACGGACCGACCCCCAUCUACAUCGGCUUCGGCAGUAUCGUCAUCGACCACCCCGAGGAGAUGACCAAGAUCCUGAUCGAGGCCGUCCGCGCCACGGGCGUCCGCGCCAUCAUAUCCAAGGGAUGGAGCAACCUGGGCGGCAUAGAGUCGGACGACGUGCUGUUCCUUGGGGACUGCCCACACGAAUGGCUGUUCGCCAACGUCGCGGCCGUCUUUCACCACGGCGGCGCGGGAACGACGGCGUGUGGGCUCCUCAACGGCCGGCCGACAACCAUCGUGCCCUUCUUCGGAGACCAACCGUUCUGGGGCGACAUGGUGGCCAUCGCAGGCGCCGGGCCGAAGCCGAUCCCGCACAAGAAGCUCAACGCGCAGAACCUCGCCGACGCCAUCCGGUUCUGCCUGACCCCGGAGGCGGCGGCGGCGGCCAGCGAGGUGGCGGCCAAGAUGCGGACGGAGAACGGCGUGGCCACGGCGGCCAAGUCGUUCCACGCCAACCUGCCCCUCGACAUCCUGCCGUGCGACAUCUUCCCGGACCAGCCGGCCGCGUGGGACUUCAAGAGGGGCAAGAAACACCUGAGGCUGUCGAAGCGGGCGGCGGGCGUCCUCCUCGACCACCUCAAGAUCGACAAGAAGAACAUGUCUUUGCACGAGACGAGAACGUACUUUAUCGAGAACCGACGAUGGGAUCCCGUGACGGGCACGGCUUCGUCCCUGAUGGGCGUCGGGCUCGGCAUGGCCAAGGGCGCCUCGGACAUCGUCGUCAAGCCGAUCCAGGUGUACCACAAACGAUCCAAGCUGAAGUCGGCCGAGAUGGAGGACGUGGACGUCGCGCGGAGCAGCGCCAGCAGCGACGCCCCGACGCCGCCGCCGCGAUCGCCGAGCCUCGCGCCCCCGAGAUCCGACGUCCUCGAGCGUCCGCGGAGCGCCGGCAGGGGCUGCGGCAGCACGACGGGCGCGGCGAUGAAGGCCUCGGCCUCGGGCCUCGGCACCUUCUUCAAGUCGUACGGCAAGUUCUACCUCGACGUGCCGCUGGCCGUCACCGAGGGCCUCCGCGCGGCGCCCAAGCUCUACGGCGAGAAGGUCGAGGACCACGCGCCCAUCAAGGACUGGAAGUCCGGGGCCAUGGUCGGCGGCAAGAACUUCGUCACGGGAGUCGGCGGCGGGUUCACGGACCUGUUCUACCAGCCGUACAAGGGCGGCCGGGACGGCGGCGCGGCGGGCGCGGCGAUGGGGGUCGGCAAGGGCGUGAUGAACAUGGUGACCAAGACGGCUUCCGGAACCCUCGGCAUCGUCGCGUACCCCGUCCAGGGCGCCUACCAGAGCAUCCGGACGGCGGUCAAGUCCAAGACGCGGAACGGCAUCGCCGCCGCCCGGCGGGAGGAGGGCGAGUACCUCGUGCGUAACGCGCCGGUCGACGUCGAGACGGUGCUGCGGAAGUUCGACGACAUGUGCCGCGCGAGUGAGGCGGGCCAGGCAAAGGCCCAAGGGAACGGCUUUUUUGAUUUCGGGAGGAAGAGCAAGGACAGAGAUACCCAGGGGACUCCUUAUUAG